UCCGGCGCUCGGUGCUCGGCGCUCUGCUGAUUGGGUCUGGGUCAGGACUGAUAGCAGAUCAGGAGCAGCAGAUCGAUCGCUGGCAGUGUCUCUGCGGUACCCUGCAGUGGUUCAGGUGGUACCCUGCGGUGGUUCAGGGGGUAUCUGCGGGACAGAAGCUCGGUCCAUCAUGUCCAGAGCUGUCGGCAGUAAGAGAAAGCUGGGCGGUUCUGCUGAGUCCAGUCCUGCUCAGAAAAGGUUAAAGGCUGGUGAGGAACCGCAGGAGAACCAGGCCGCUGAGGGAGGUACGGACAUGCAGACCAAUCAGAACCAGGCAGAACCGGACCUCUCUGUCUCCCAGCAGCACCAGCACAGACCACACCUCUCUCGCCCAUCACUGCAGCAGCGCCAACCAAUCACUGUGGAGGACGUGUGCAGACUGGUGCAGUACAGCCUACUGGGGACCAGCUACGGAUCUCAAAAACCCAGCUGGUGUCGUCUCCGGGGGCGGCGCCGGGUGGUCCGGGUUAAUGUGGCGGUUCUGGAGGGACUGACCCAGCUCCACUUCUACUCCCAUUACUCCCAGUUCAACCAGCUGAGGACCAAAUACAGCACUAGAUGCACUCUAGCGCCCUCCUCAGGCCACCUGCUGUCUGAGCUCCUCACUGCUGAACUCCCAAACCCACAGUCCAGCCCAGCAGCCCACACAGCACCCCCUACAGCUCAGGUAGCGUAUCACCCGGUGGUUCGGCGCUUUGGUCUGAAGAAGAGCGGGAUGAGCAGUUAUCUGCUGAAGGAGGAGGAAAUGAUUAAGAAGAGUUUUCCCAUUAAAGGUGGGCGGGGCUGUGAGGCGUUUGCGUGCACUCGGAGCGCUGAUCAUGUGACCGACAGCAGCCCUCUGUUUGGUCUGGACUGUGAGAUGUGUAUAACUAAGGCUGGAACUGAGUUAACGAGGGUAGCACUGGUGGACAGCAGGGGGCGCUGUUUGCUGGAUGAACUAGUGAAACCAUUUAACCCCAUCAUCAACUACUGCACCAGGUUUUCGGGUAUAACCCGCUCGAUGCUGCAGGAUGUAGAAACUCGUCUGCAGGACGUUCAGGUGAAGCUUGUGGAUCUGUUGCCGCCGGACGCUGUUCUGGUCGGACACUCGCUGGAUAAUGACCUGCGGGUUCUGAACCUGGUUCACCCUCAUGUGAUCGACACGUCUCUGCUGUAUCGUAAAGAAUUCGGCCAGAGAUUCAAACUGAAGCACCUAGCCCUGAUCAUCCUCAGGAGAGAGAUACAGAGUGAAGAGAGGAAAGGUCAUGACCCCUGCGAAGACGCCCGAGCAGCUCUGGAACUCGCCCAGUAUUUCAUCAGCAAAGGACCAAAACAGGUAGUUGAGACUCACCUGGAGGAUCUGUGGGAUAUUAGUCCUGCUGUCCAACCGUCUGCAGUUAACGGACCACUGACCAACGGACCACUCACCAACGGACCACUGACCAACGGAUCACUGCCCAUCAACAGACUCAGCCCUCUGAGGUUCUGCUACGCUCUGCACAAGUCGGGUCAGUCGGCUCUGUUCCUGGGUAGAUCAGAAACGAUGGGCGGGAAUAGGUCCAGCCAGAUGUGGCGCCGUCACCACUGCAGUACUGACAAACAGGUGGUGUCAGUGGCUGAGCGAGUGGGUGGGGCUUACGCCCUCAGUGUUCUGCAGUUCUCCUCCUACACUGAUAUACUGAACCACAGUCCAGAAGGGGGCAGCACACCUCACCUGAAGCAGAUGGCAGACAGGUUAAGGAAGAUGUGUGUGUUGUUCGUGGGUCCGUUGCCAUGGGAACACACAGAGGAGAAUGUACACACACUGUUACGAUGCUACGGAAAACUACGCUCCGUCCGACUACUGCGUAAAACACACUCGAUGUAUGCUGUGGUGGAGUUUCAGCAUCUGGAAGGAGCUCAGCUCGCUCUGCAGAACCGUCUCCAGAUAAACAACCAAACAAUAAAGGUACAGCGGCCGGUUAGUGAACUGACCCUGGACCUGGAGGCGUCUCUGGCGGAGCUACAGGACGAUGUUUUAAAUGAUCAUGUGAUCUACGUGGGCGGUCUCUCCUCACGACAUCAUCACCCUGACGACCUGCUCCAUACCUUCAGCCAAUUUGGUCCCAUUCGUGACAUCAUCACACCUCCAAAGAACUCUGGGAAAUUACGAAGGCACGCCCACAUCAGGUUCCUCAGUGCUGACAGCGUUCCUGCAGCAGUGGGUUCUCCGGUGCAGGUGGGGAACCGGACCCUAAAUGUGUGUCGGGCUCUAACACCCCCUCACAUGCACACCUGGACACACACCUGCCCCGUUACCAUGGAGACGAGCGGAGAAACACCUGUCCCAGAGGAGCAGAGAGGGGAGGGGCUGGAGAUUACAGCAGGACCUACCUGUCCUCAGGAUGGAGUGGUGGAACGUGGGAUGAGGACUCUGGACAGAACGGUGGGGAAGAUGUUCAGCGCUCUGGAGGAGAACACCCUCAGCAUCGUCAUCAUGCCCGGCGUCAGGAGUGGAGGUGUGGAAUAUUCCGGUCUGUGUUUCUUGGAGGUGAAACAGAGGUAGACUCUCUGAAACGCUAUCGGGUUGUUCAUCACGGCUUUGAAGGACAUCAGAGACACGAACACGGCCUCAAGAUACUUUAUAAACUGACUGAAGAAGUUUAUACUGUCAUUUUUUGUUUUUAAUAAAUACAUCUGUAAUCAGGCAUCAUGUGAAUACAUGCCUGUACAUGCUGCUAAAUGAUCUUCUGAAUACAUAUUUUACACCAAA